AUGUCUGUAGUAAAACCAAAACCUGAUACUUCGCAUUCUAAUUCUACCUCAUUAGGCGCAACUGUUGCUGGAAAUCCCACUCCUCAAGUGACCCUAAACCACGCUACGGCUCUAGAAAAGUAUAAAAAGAAGGAUUCUAGUAAAG